AUGGGUUUUUUCAACAGCUGGAGCGAUCUUGUAUCGGCCGCCACCCCAUGGAGUCAGGCUGAGGCGGAGUCGGUCUCCGGAGGGUCGAGUACGGAGAAGACUCCUGCGAUGAAGGAUGAUGGAGGUGAGGGGGAGGUGAAGGAUCCAUCCGGAGCCACUCCAGAGAAGAGGGCGGCCCAGGACGCUAAGGAUGAUGCAUCUAAGGAAAGUACGGAGCCUGUGGUGGAAGAAAAAGAGGAAGAAGAAGAGGAAGAAGAGGAAGACGAAGAGGAGAUGGUGGAUCCAAAAGACAAAUUUGAGGAUGAAUGCAAGGAAUCGGCAGCUUGUGCUCCUUCUAAGCACCAUUAUGAUGAGUGUAUCGAGCGAGUUACAGGUGGCAAGGAGCAACACCCAGGCGAGGACUGUGUUGAAGAGUUCUUCCAUCUCGCACACUGCGUAACCGCAUGCGCAGCUCCAAAGCUUUGGAACACUCUUAAGUAA